CUGAGAGUCUUUUAACUUGACGGGCAUCUUCCGAAACAACACGAGGGGGGAAACUCGCACAGGGAGAAAUGUGUGUAGAUAAAUGCUAGGUAGAAUUUGAUAGACGUUGUUGUAGUAGUACUUUUAAUGUUCCUCGUUUUAAUUCAACACUUUAUUUAUAUAUUGCUAUAACGAUAUGUCUCGCGGUCGUUUUUAUUUCUAAUGUGCGGUUAAAAGAGAAACGAUAAGUUCGGUUUGUAGAUCGAUCAAUCAUUAUGAUUGAUUACAGAGAGCGGAAUACUGUUCCUUUAGCUGAUAUCUUCUUCUAUCAGGGUGAAGAGCGAGAGAUGACAAUACACUGCUUGUGCUCCAGAGCUUACGUCAACGAUCGAGAAUUGUAUCGGUCAGAUUUGAAAGCCAUACUGAAUCAGACCGACAGUCAGUUGCAAGUAGAUUUUGAAGCUUAUGAUGGGGAAGAGCUUUUGGAGGACCUUAACUGUUCUGUGGAUGAGGAGGAUGAGGAAGAAGAGUCGGUUGCUGAUGAAGAGACCAUGCUUAUGGCCAGUUUGGGGCUUCCUGUGGAGUUUGUCAGCUCAUCAAAACAGAGGAAAGCUGGCCAAGUUUUAGCAAGAGCGAAGAACAAAAGUACCAUCAAUUGUUUGGAAGCCCCCUCAGAUGAUGACUCUGAAGAGAAACAGCCGUGUGCUGUGAAUGACAUCGCUGAGACCCCAGCCGAACAGCCGUGUCCCGCGUCAGAAGAGGCCUGGCUGAGCUACUGGCAGCAGCAUGGGGAGGGUCUGCUGUGGCAGAGCUGGCUGGAGAAACAACCUAAUAUCUCCUGCAGUUCCACACAGGACUGUUCCCGCUCAGAGGCAGACUGGGCCGAGCACUACCAUCAAACAUACCAGUACUACUGGGAGCAGUUCCACUACUGGGCCGCCCAGGGUUGGACAGUGGACGAGACCUACAGCACCAUCGCUGCUUCCGAGGAAAACCAGGGCAGCCAAGGAGAAACAGAGGCACUGGAGAAUCUGACAGAAGAAAGGUCAAAGAAAGACGUUACCCAUCUCAUAAGCAGCCUGAGCUUAUUGACUGAGGAAGUUGAAGGCGAGAACGGCGACCAGCAGUCUCUGGUCUGUAACUGUGCUGAUGAGCCCUGUGAUGGCGGAAACCGCAAAAGGCCAUCGUCACAUACAGCCUGCACUGACAGUUCUGAUGGCAACAUGAAACAGACCUCUGCACCAUUGAGUAAUUGGAGUGGACAGCCCGUAAAGAGCAGAUCUAACGAUGAAGAUCAGAGCGAUGAUGAUGAUGAACCUCCAGAGAACAGACGAGCCAAAGUGAAGAGAGCUCAUGAGCUGGAUGUUGAGGAGCUUGCGGAGGUGCCAGUCGAGGAGGCGUGGGAUGCCCUCGGUCUGAGACGUGGUCCACAGCCCAAGUUUGACAGUGUUGUGAAGCUGAAACAAGGCCAGGCUCCAUACACUGGCAGAAGGAGUGAGGAGAACAGAAAGCCUCCUGAGGGAAGAAAAAAAGCAGCCUGCAAAAUCAACAAGCACAUCUUCUUUACUGAUGAUGGACCACAAACCACAAAGCCAAAGAUCAGCAAAGUCCUUCAAAAAGUCCAGAGUUUCCUUCAGCAGGUUCAGACUGAUCCUGACUCUGAGGAGGUGACUCCAGCCUCCAUGCCUGAAGCCCUGACUGAGCCUUGUGAGGGAGCAGAAGAUGGAAGUCUACCUACACGAAAAGAAGACAGGGAAAAAAGUGAUGAAACGGAGUUUGAGGAGACACCUCAGCUCAGCAGAAGAUGUGAACAAAGUGAGAAACUUCAGCAGAACAUUCAGUCAGAGCCAGAAGAGAGACAGGACAGUGAUUCCGAUCCUCGAGGAGAGCUGCAGACCUUAGACGUCCCUGACUUCUUACUCCCCGAUGCUCCUGAGGGCGCUGAGGGAGCAGAGAGCGUGCGAGCCUCUAAAAAGAACAAGAGAAGGAACCGGAAAAGGAGAAAGGAUGUGGCGAUGCCACCUGAGAUUGCAGCAGAACCUGAGCUGGCCAAGUACUGGGCACAACGCUACCGUCUGUUUUCCAGGUUCGAUGAGGGCAUCAGACUAGAUCAUGAGGGCUGGUUCUCAGUGACCCCUGAGAAGAUCGCAGAGCACAUUGCCCUGAGAGUGCAGGACAGCUUCAGCACAGAGCUCAUUAUCGAUGCCUUCUGUGGUGUGGGUGGCAAUACCAUUCAGUUUGCCCUCACUGGUAAAAGAGUGAUCGCCAUCGACAUCGACCCCGUACGGCUGGCUCUGGCACAGCACAACGCAGAAGUGUACGGUGUGGCGCAGCAGAUAGAGUUUGUGCAGGGAGACUUCCUGCAGUUGGCUCCGCGCCUGCGAGGAGACAUGGUUUUCCUCAGUCCCCCGUGGGGAGGACCAGAGUACCUCAGCGCUGACGUCUUCAACAUCCAGACCAUGAUGACUCCAGAUGGAUGUGAAAUUUUCAGGUUGUCAAAAAUGAUUUCAGACAAUAUUGUCUAUUUUCUUCCUCGAAACACAGACAUGGAACAGAUCGCGGCGCUCGCCGGCCCAGGUGGGAAGGUGGAAGUGGAGCAGAACUUUCUGAACAACAAACUGAAAACCAUUACUGCUUACUUUGGCAAUUUAAUACAGUCAAAAACAUAAAACCUUUUAUUUUGACCUUUGACAGUCAUUUAUGUUAGCUGUACUUACUGCACUUAAAUUGUACUGGUAAACAUUAUCUGUUUUGUAAAGCCAUCGAUGAUGAAUUUUACAUAAAAUGUAAAUUUGUAUGUGUUUUUGUGAUGCUGCUAGUAUAAUGUUUAACUAGAACCGUUUUUUUUUUUCUUUUUUUCAGUGUUUAUUAUUACCUAUUAAAGUCGAUUUGAAGAAAUAAAGGAAGUUUUAAAAUAAAAUAAAAAAAUCUA